GCCAACAACAGUCCAUUUAAAAUCAGUGGAGCAUGGAUCACACAGCCAUACAAUUCAAUGAAAUGGAGCAGUUGGAGACCAUAAAGACAGGUUUACUUUUCACACAUAGCUGAGGAAAGUGGGAUACCUCCAAAGAGUCGCACCUUUAGAUGGGUGUAGCCAAGGUCUGGAUCAGCCUAUAAAGCCCUGUAGCUUCUUAGUUACUGAUACAUAGUUACCUGAACAAGCCAACGCCACGAUGCUGACUUCUAUCCAGCGGAUGAUUUUCCUUUUUUGGACCAGCAUUUGCUCAGCCGAUGCAGAGAAGCUUUUCCACAGCCGGGAUCAUUCCGAUGUGCAGACCCUUAUUCCUCACCAAGCGGAGGUUAUAACAAACAAAUACACAGCGGAGUUAUUUCUCUCUAGAUAUGGAUUCAUUAAGCCGGUGAACUGGGAGGAUGUCCAGUUUGAAGACACUGACACGCCGGUUCACGCCGACUUCCUGGACGACCUUGGAGACGUGAUCCAGGAAGGAACAUUGCAUCGGUCGAGGGAUGCUCCGCGGGAUGCCGAUCCCCACGACCCCAACAGCAGAGAGUUCAUCUCAGCUCUUAAAGAGUUUCAGAGAGUAUCGGGUCUGCCUGCCACAGGUGUGUUUGAUGAGGUCACCAAGGUGGCAAUGAACAAACCCAGGUGCGGAGUCCCUGACAAGGAGAUCGGCCUGGACGCCCCUGUGGCACCCGAAGAGGACAGCGCCUUGGACGCCCGUGGCAGCGGAAGCGAGCCUUGGACAGAGUCGGACCCAUUAAGCGAUGUAAUCGACGAGAGUUCUUCUUUUGGUGCCCCUGAAACCUUUGAAGACGACGUAUUAGUUGCUAGCGACGCAGAACGCGGUCUCGCCAGCAUUUCCAACGACACCAGGGCCAAUCACACCGACGAAGUCGACUCAUACGAUCCCUAUUUGAAUAACACGUCUGCAAACAGCUCACACGUGGUCAACGGCCGCCAGAGCCCAGCGGUGCGACGCAGGAAACGCCACCUCGCCGCGCUCGUUUCCAAAAACAGGAGCAGGAGAGAUCUGAGGGAAACCGGUUACAUGGCCUUUUCCAAGCGGGUGUUGAAAUGGAGGCUGAUGGGCGAAGGGUACAGCAGUCAGCUGUCCGUUGAAGAACAGAGGUACAUCUUCAGACUGGCCUUCAGGAUGUGGAGCGAGGUGUCUCCCCUGGAGUUUGUGGAGGAUACUCGUUCUGCAUUAGAGGAUAUUGACAUCAAGCUGGGCUUUGGCACAGGAAGGCAUCUGGGUUGCAACCAGAGGUUCGAUGGCACUGGUCAAGAAUUUGCCCACGCCUGGUUCCUGGGUGAUAUACACUUUGAUGACGACGAACAUUUCACCACUCCCAAUGCAGGAAGUGGUAUCAGUCUACUCAAAGUAGCAGUCCAUGAGAUCGGCCAUGUUCUGGGUCUCCCCCACAUCUACAGAGCUGGCUCCAUAAUGCAGCCCAGUUAUCUGCCUCAGGAGUCGGGCUUCGAGAUGGACUGGAUGGACAGGAAGGCCGUGCAGCACCUCUACGGUGGCUGUAAGGGUCGUUUCAACACAGCAUUUGACUGGAUCAGAAAGGAGAAGACGCCCUACGGGGAGGUGGUCAUCCGCUUUAACACCUAUUUCAUGAGGAACGGCUGGUACUGGCUGUACGAGAACAGAAAUAACCGAACGCGCUUCGGAGAUCCAGUCAUCCUGCAGGCUGGCUGGCGUGGGAUUCCCAGUGACGGAGUGGAUGCGUAUGUGCAUGUGUGGUCCCGAAAAAGGGAUGCUGUUUACUUCUUCAAAGGGGCUCGGUUCUGGAGGUACGACAGUGAGAACGAUCAGGCGUUCAAACAGGACCCCGAAGGGCACCGCUAUCCGAGGUUAAUCUCCGAGGGUUUCCCGGGGGUGUUCGCUCCCAUUGACACCGCUUUCUAUGAUAGGAGGGACUCUCACAUCUACUUCUUCAAAAACACUCUUGUGUACGCCUUCGACGUGGAAGCCAACAGAUUGGCGAGAGGCUUCCCCAAAAACAUCAGAGACGUUUUCCCUCCAGUGGUGAGCGGAGACCAUCCAGAUGGCAGCAUCGAUGCAUCGUACUUCUCCUACACCCACAACGCCGUCUUCCUCCUCAAGGGCACGCGCUUCUGGCAGGUGUUGGGGAGCCGCGAUCGCUGGCGCCGGCCCUCUCUCCCGCGAAAUGGCCUGCUGCCACACAAGGAGGUGGAUCAGCACUGGUUCGACAUCUGCAACGUUCAUCCCACUGCGCUCAAAUUAACCCGCUGAGUUUGCUGAAGCAGAUAUUUUCGAGACCCUUACUGAUGUUUGCUGAUAAGAACAGAUUUGACAUGUUGUCAAAUGUGUGGAGAUAUCCUCUACUUAAUUUUUUUUAAAAUCUAUUUAAUAUUUUAAAGACCAAAACAGCUGAAUAUGUCUGUUGGCUUACUAUGAGGUGUUUUAUCAGAGGUUCCAAAUGCAUAAUGGCAUGAAAACUAUCCUGACGCACCUCUUUGGAUUAAGUUAUGUAUAGCAUUAGUGAUAAUAUACUUAUUUAUGGAGUGCCCCCACAACCCAACCCCAGAUAUGAUGUGGAAGAGAGAUAAUUUACUUAUUUUAUUAUUCUCACACCGGAAAAAUAGCAAAUGGCACACUAGCAACAAAUAAAGGGCACGUUUGUGCAAAAACAUAUGCAAUAAUUUCAAAGCUCAUAAUGCAAAUAUAUAUUGAGACAUACAGAGGGCCCAUAUCUUUUGAAGAAAGAUGUUUAAAACUAUCUGUCCUUCUAUGUGUGUAUAAAAAUGGAAAUUUAUGCAGAGGACUGAGAGUGGUUCCUUGGUAAACGUAAAGAUGGUAGCUGCCUGCAGGAAAGAAUAUCACAUACAUAUAUACACUUCAUCAAUUA